CCCUCCACUCCACUCCGGUUGGAGGCGCAAUGCUGGUUCGCAAAGGCACGAAGGCGGUUCCCACGAGUGGGAGGCACCCCGGAGCCUCCUUUCCCCUCCCUUUUGGGGACUCAAAGGAGCGCCGCUUUCCCUCGCUUCGUUUGCGGAGACUUUUGAGCCGCGAUGAGGACGCUCCUGGUGCUGGCGAUGGUGGGCCUCCUGGCUGCUCUGAUUGGGGAACGCUACAUGGCCCUCCGGAUUAGAGCUUGCGCUUCACGAGAACUGAAACCAAAGCGGCUCCCAAAUUGCCAUCUUAUUAAAGGGAUCGAGAAUGGUGCAGAAGAUGUUGAAAUACUUCCCAAUGGCCUUGCUUUCAUUAGUACAGGCUUAAGAUUCCCUGGGUUGAAAAGCUUUGCUCCCGAUAAAAGAGGGGAGCUAUUACUAAUGGACUUAAAUGAAGAAAACCCACGACCGAUUGAGCUACGAAUCAGCCGUGGUUUUGAUCUGGCAUCUUUGAAUCCUCAUGGGAUCAGCGUAUACAUUGAUAAAGAUGAUACUGUGUACCUUUUUGUCGUCAAUCAUCCACAGUACAAGUCAUUGGUGGAGAUUUUUAAAUUUGUUGAGGAUGACAAUUCUCUGGUGCAUCUUAAAACUAUCACACACGAGCUCCUGCCAAGUGUGAAUGAUAUCGUGGCUCUGAGCCCUGAUAGUUUCUAUGCUGCCAAUGACCAUUACUUCAGUCAACAAAUCUUGAAGCUCUUGCAGGCGUUCCUGGGAUUGAAUUGGGCAAAUGUUGUUUACUACAGUCCAAACGAAGUUAAAGAAGUGGCAGGAGGAUUUUACUUUACUGCUGGUAUUGGCAUUUCACCUGAUGGAAAGCAUGUCUAUGUUUCUGAUUCAAUGGGCAAUAGCGUGCAUGUCUUUGAAAAACAUGCCAAUUUCAGUUUGUCUCCUUUGAAGACAUUACAGUUGGACAGUGUAAUUGAUAACAUAUCAGUUGAUCCUUACACUGAAGACAUUUGGAUAGGCGGCCAUCCCAAUGGCAUGAAGUUGGUCUUCUAUGAUCCAAAUAAUCCUCCUGGUUCAGAGGUAAUUCGUAUACAGAACAUUCUGUCUGAGAAGCCCACCAUCACCCAAGUGUAUGUUGACGAUGGUUCAGUACUUCAAGGAAGUUCCUGUGCUACAGUAUAUGAUGGGCAUCUGUUCAUUGGCACUGUAUUUCACAGACUCCUCCAUUGUAAGCUGGACCCUAGCAGCGGAAAAGGUCAAAGUAAUCAGAACUGAGCUUCUUGCCCUGUCCAGCUCUGAAAUGCCUAACUUCAUUCCAAAUAGAAUAACACGAGUUGUUUCUGGCCUUUUUCACAUGCACCUUCCAUAGAGAGAGAACGUUUAUGGUCUUAACUAGAAGAAUUUGUAUUUUUUGGAAACACACACACAGAUAAGAACAGUGAAAGUGGAAGAAAUGUUGGGCUUUUUAUUACAUCACUGUUUAAGAUGGAGAUUUACAUUUUUCUAACAUUCAUAAAAAAGCAGAACCUGUGUUGCUUUUUCUUUUUGGGGAGGAGGGAAAGGGGAUGGACAGCUGUGUCCAGGGUUUGAUCUUGAUCAUCUGUUGGUAGCCGUCCUGAGUCCCGCCUUGGAGGUCGAGAUAGGAUGGGAUAUAAAUGUUCCAAAUAAAUAAAAAUAAGUAAAUCUUUACGAUUCAUUAAUGCUAAGAAUUGUCUGCAGAAGGAUGCAUUUUCUUUUUGCCACGGGUUCUUUUGAAAACUCUCUAAACAGAACAUUCAUCUUCCAAUGUAUUCAGUACUACUCUUGACUUCUUUUCUUUCAUUUUCUAACGUAUGGUGCCUUAAUGUCUAUGUCUUGGAUCCAGAUUUCAUGUUAUGUGCCUUCAAUGUGAUUCUGACGUACAAUGAUCCUAUCAUAGGGUUUUCAAGGCAAGUUUUUUUCCCCAUUGCUGUUCUGUAAAAUGGAAAGAGUGGCUUGCCAAAGACCACCCAAUGGUUUUCCAUGGACGAGCUGGUGAGAUUCAAACCCUGAUCUCAUGUAAUCCCAGGUCAUCUCAAUUCACUAUAGGACAUUUGUUCUCAUAUCCAGAUUUAGUCUUCAUGGAUUUAAGCCUGAUUGAUUGCAGUGGAUCUUCUAGAAUGACUGAAUCUAACCCUGUACAAUUGGCCCUCUGAAUCCGUGGAUUCAACCAUUUGAAAACAUUAAAAAAGAAUUUCCAAAAGCAAA